GUGGCCGCGCGGCGUGGGCCGGAAGAGCCGUCCGCUUCCUGGGCGGCCAUCUUGGAUUUCUUCCCCGGGGAGGCUCCGGAGGGGUCUGUGGCGGUCGGAGACCAUGAAGCCCAUUUCGGCGGCAGCGCGGUGCCUCUCGAGGAGGUUUUAUUCUCUCAAGGCUGCACCUAAAGUUGAAGCCCCCGGAGGAGCAGAGCGGUCAAAAGUACUGCUGAACCCCCAGGAACUUGAGAUUGCAAAACUACCAAAUGGCUUGAUGAUUGCUUCUCUGGAAAAUUAUUCUCCAGUUUCAAGGAUUGGCGUCUUCAUCAAAGCAGGCAGCAGGUAUGAGACCGCCACCAAUUUGGGAACUGCUCACCUGCUCCGCCUUGCAUCUAACCUGACUACAAAAGGAGCUUCUGCCUUCAAAAUCACCCGUGGUAUUGAAGCUGUUGGUGGUAGCUUAAGUGUGACAUCUACCAGAGAGAACAUGGUUUAUUCCGUUGAAUGCCUCCGUGACUAUAUUGAUACCGUUUUGGAGUAUUUAUUAAAUGUCACAACGGCCCCAGAAUUCAGGCGCUGGGAAGUGGCUGAGGCCAAUCCCCGUUUAAGAAUUGACAAGGCGAUUGCCUUUCAGAACCCUCAAGUUGGUGUUCUUGAAAACUUGCAUGCAGCGGCUUAUCGGAAUGCCCUUGCCAACUCCUUGUACUGUCCAGAUUACGUUAUUGGGAAGAUUACUUCGGAACAACUGCACCAGUUCGUACAGAACAACUUCACAAGUGGCAGAAUGGCUCUGGUGGGGCUCGGUGUCAGCCAUUCUGACCUGAAGCAGAUUGGAGAGCAGUUCCUAAACAUCCGCAGCGGGGCUGGCUCAGUUGGUGAGAAGGCAAAGUAUCGUGGAGGUGAAGUCCGAGAGCAGAACGGCCAUAGCCUUGUCCAUGCUGCCGUAGUUGCUGAAGGAGCUGCUGUAGGAAGUGCAGAAGCAAACGCCUUUAGUGUCCUUCAGCAUGUUCUUGGGGCAGGGCCUCUCAUUAAGAGAGGAAGUAGCGUUACCAGUAAGCUCAUCCAAGGUGUUGCAAAGGCAACCGCCCUACCUUUUGACGCAGCAGCAUUUAAUGUCAAUUACUCUGAUUCCGGACUCUUUGGGGUUUACACUGUAUCUCAGGCUUCAGCUGCUGGGGAGGUAAUCAAAGCUGCUUUGAACCAAGUGAAGGCAGUUGCCCAGGGUGGAAUCACUGAUGCGGAAGUCACAAGAGCCAAAAACCAGCUGAAGGCAGCUUACUUGAUGUCUGUGGAGUCUUCAGAAGGCUUGCUUGAUGAAAUUGGCUCUCAGGCCCUGGCAUCUGGGGCAUACACAUCACCAAGCGCUGCGGCCGAAAAGAUUGAUUCUGUGGCCACUGCUGACAUUGUGAAUGCUGCAAAGAAGUUUGUUAGUGGGAAGAAGUCGAUGGCAGCUAGUGGGAAUUUGGCAAACACCCCUUUUGUGGAUGAGUUGUAAGAAGUUGAACACGAGGCACAGCCUCAAAAUGGACUCUGUUCUAAGGCAGUUGUGUUGACUGUCAUUAUUGUCCUGUAUUAUUUAUGAGCUCCUAAUGCUUUGGAGCUGUAGGUUACUUUCAGUACACUUACACCAAAUAAAGUGCAGAGCUCAUCCUCUUAACAGGA